AUGGACGCGCCCACUGAUCUCACAGCGAGCGCGAUGCGUCGCUCGCGUCGGCGGACGCUGGGCAAAAAGCCAGCACGGCUUGGUUUCGAGGAUGAGACGUCUCAGGAAGCCGAGCCAACCGUGGCUACCCCUCAGCCGGCCUCCGCUGCCCCGAGUCGACCAAACUCUGUCUCGCAAGUUCUGGCGGGGAUCACUAAGAAUGCUUCCCCACUUCGUUACCGCAGCCGGUCGACAUCACGCCGCCAGAGUCUGCAAUCACCCUUGCGCGUCUCCCUGCCCGGCAACCUCGCGGCGGCGCCACAGCAGCUGUUCAGUGACGAUGAAGAGGAACCCGAGCCCUCGGCCGGCGCUGCGGAUGUUGAGGAACCCGUGUCUCCACAGCUGGCCGGUCAUGCCGCCGAAGAGGCUCAUGUCACACCUGUGCGCGUGGCGGCAGCGGAUCAGGCGGCUGAUCCUCAGCAAGAGGAGGCCGAUGAGGAGGACGAGGAGCCGCUCAUGGACCCGCUAUUGGUCACGGCCGGGUGUGCCAUGGCCUCCUUUUUGGCGAUCCCCUUUCUCUAUGCAGUGGAUGCUCACCCCGAGGUCAUCUCUGAUCCCGUGUACAUGGCCGUCGUUGGCUGCGUGACCCUGACGGCUUUUCCCAUCCUGGUCUACUACAGCAUUUUCCGCCACAUGCCUCGGUUCCAGUUUGACGUUUUCAUGCUCUUCUUUGCGCUUUUUGCCUUCACUUCCAUGGUUGAUCUCAUGCUGGCCUUGACGAUUGAUGGUCGCUCAACCGUCAUGAAGUGGUAUCUGGAUGCGGGUGAGAGCUACCUCAAUUCCUCGUACGGCUUUGCUGCCAACAUCUUUGACGCUACCGCGCAUUGGCUCUUGUACAUGGUUAUGAUUUACGGCCUGUCCUCGCACAACCCGGCCUCGUGGCGCUACGUCUACCUGUACUGGUGUGGCAGUGUGAUGUUCAGCCUCAUCAAUCUUCUGGCAGGUGGUACCAUCAGCCACAUCAGCCACGCUCUGCAGCCGAGCUCGUUCUUGAACACGCCAUACGUUCUCUUCCCGCUCAUCUUCUUGAAGCGGGUCUUUGAUACACCACGCCCCGCCCGUCGGGCCGAUGCCUUCUGUCGUCCCAGCGUUGACUUCCACUUUGCCAUUUUCUUCGUGUUGGCCAUGAUCGCCAUCUACGUUCGCUUUGCUGCUUCUGCCGGCUCCGAGUGGAGCCUGGCACGAGCCUGGCGCGAGAUUGAGCCCACUUUGACCGACGAGACCGGGUUCUUCCGCGUUUUUGGCUACCUUGGCCUUUGCUAUCACAUUCCCUACUGCUUGGUGGUGGUAGCGUGCUUGCUCUUGGGUGCAAACCGCGUGCAGACGGAGGUGCUCACGGACAUUUCGGUGCUGAUGGCGGGUGGCUUCAUGGAGACGUACUUUUGCUUCUGCGUGUCUGCCGUCUACAAACUUACAAACGAGGCCUCUCGCAUUUCGGAUGAGCAGGCGCCGGCUUUCUGGACCAUCAACGUUUUGUUGGUACUGCUGACUCAUGUCUUUGCUGCCCACUGCAUUUACAGCCUGCCCUUCAAGGGCCUGCUUUCUGACUAA